CGUAAACAACACCACAACCACAACCAAAGCCACCAAGUCACUCCAAUCAAAAUGCCACGCACGCGCGCCUUGCUCAUCACAACCCUCGUCUCCGCCCCACCCGCCUACUACGCCUACUACACCCUCCACCGCCUCGAAACCGAAUACCCCGCCCUAGACCCAACAACGCACAGCACCACCUCUCUACGCGCGACACCCAACCCGCAUACACAACACACGCCGCACAUCGACGUGUACGGCGCGCGCGUGCCGCUGCGCACCCUCCUCGAGAAAGCGCGCCGCGACGGCUGCCACUGCGCCACGCCCGUCCCGCCCAACGCCACCUCCCCCGAAGACGCCUGGGCGCGCUUCUUCCUGCAGUCACGGGGUCUGCGCAGCGAAGGCCGCCUCGCCGCCGCCGGAAGCAAACUGCUGAACCGCGACGCCGGCGACGCCGGCGAGUGCGGCUUCCAGCCGGGCCAGGAGCUGCUGAACGGCGUGUUCGGCGUCGUACGCGCGCCCGGCCGCGCCCAGCCGUUGCUGCUGAGUUGGGCGUUUCCGGCGCGGGCGAGGGGCGCGUGCGAAGCGCUUGCGCGCUGGGGCUAUCCCUGGCGCUUUAUGAGUGGCGGGAGGCAUGAGCUGGGCGUGGGCGAGGUGGAUAAGGAGGGCAUGGUUGAGGUGAGGUUCGCGAGUGCGCAUGAUUAUGAGGUUGUGGAUGAGGAGGGCGAGCGCCAGAAGACGAUUCCCGCGUGGACGGGGCGGCUGCAUAGAGCGUGGGCGAGGUGGCUGCUUGAUGAGCGGGUGAGGAGACUGAGGGAUUAGAUUAGAUGAUGCUGGGAUUUGGAUGAUGAUGAUGAUGAGUCGGCCAGGCUUCAGUAGCUUGUUUCUGGUCGGUGUCUAGAUUUGGUGAUGGUGGAAGAGCAUCCUAUUCUAGCCGUCUACUUUCUGUCUAUAACGCCCAACUCCGUACCCAUGGCUAGGUCGUCAAUCCCAUAGAGUGUCGACCACAAGGCCGUGCGCGAGACCAACCCUGCACAGGUAGGACGUGGGUAGAAUGUAUGCAGUUCUUCACUUAUUCCAAUAGCCAAUCCGCCAAAGAUCUUGCAUGGGAAAACACAUAGCGAUG